AUGAAUGCUUCAUCCGCAUCCUCUUGUCGUUCCAGGCAAAGAAGUGCAGGUGCAAGGGCAAAAUGUCAAUGUGGAGUUCCCCUAAUGCUAUACACUGCUGGUACUCGUGAGAACCAAGAUAGGAGAUUCCUUAGAUGCAGAAAUUGGCAGAUUCCAGGAACAUGUGACUUUUUCUAUUGGAUUGAUGAUCCAGUUGAGGGAAGACAACCACAUGUAGAGGUACAGGCUGAGACUAUGAGUUCUGAGAUUGGCAAUUCAUCCAACACCAACUCUGUGCCGCAUGUUCCAGAUUUGAAGAAAAAGAUCAAAAAGCUGGAGAAGAAACUUGAAGUAGAGAAAGUUCACAAGAAUCUUGCAUGUUUGAUUGCUUUGAUGUGCUGUAUAGUCACAAUGUGGUGUUUAUGUAGGGGGAGGGUUUGA